CAGUGGACCAAUAUAUUAUGCAUUUAAUCUUAAUGCUCGUAGAGUUACUAGAAUUGACAGAAGCAAUAAAUGGCUUAACUGUAGAUAAAGUUUAAGCAAACUCAAACAUGCAUCCAUUUUCUGAAUGUUAAUGAACCAGACCUCAACUGAAGAGAGAGAGGAAUGAAGAGCCUUUUGUUUACAUUUUUGCUCUUUAUAACAUUUUCUUCUGCGUUUCCAACAGACCAAAGGAUGGAUAAUGAAGAAAAUAUGCAACUGGCUCAGGCAUAUCUCAACCAGUUCUACUCUCUUGAAAUAGAAGUGAGUCAUCUCGUUCAAAGCAAGAACAGGAGUCUUAUAGCUGGCAAAAUUCGAGAAAUGCAAGCAUUUUUUGGAUUGACGGUGACUGGAAAACUGGACCCAAACACUCUUGAGAUCAUGAAGAAACCCAGGUGUGGGGUGCCCGAUGUUGGUCAGUAUGGCUACACUCUCCCUGGGUGGAGAAAACAUAACCUCACAUACAGAAUAGUGAACUACACUCCGGAUAUGGCACGAGCUGAUGUGGAUGAGGCUAUCCAAAAAGCAUUAGAAGUGUGGAGCAAGGUGACCCCACUAAUAUUCACCAAGAUUUCCAAAGGGAUCGCAGACAUCAUGAUUGCCUUUAGGACCAGAGUCCAUGGUUUGUGCCCUCGUUAUUUUGAUGGCCCCUUGGGACUCCUCGGCCAUGCCUUUCCUCCUGGUCUGGGUCUGGGUGGAGACACUCAUUUUGAUGAGGAUGAAAACUGGACCAAGGAUGGAGAAGGAUUCAGCUUGUUUCUUGUGGCUGCUCAUGAAUUUGGUCAUUCUCUGGGGCUCUCUCACUCCAAUGAUCAAACAGCAUUGAUGUUCCCAAAUUAUGUCUCCCUGGAUCCUAGCAAGUACCCCCUUUCGCAGGAUGACAUUGAUGGAAUUCAGUCCGUCUAUGGAGGUUUACCUAAGGCAUCUGGGAAGCCAACGGAAACCAUUGUGCCCCAUGCUUGUGAUCCUGAUUUGACUUUUGAUGCUAUCACCACUUUCCGAAGAGAAGUCAUGUUCUUUAAAGGGAGAUAUCUAUGGAGGAUCUAUUAUGAUAUCGCCAACGUUGAAUUUGAAUUAAUUGCUUCGUUCUGGCCAUCUCUGCCAGCGAAUAUUCAAGCUGCAUAUGAGAACCCCAAGGAUAAGAUUCUGGUUUUUAAAGAUGAUAAUUUUUGGAUGAUCAGAGGAUAUACUGUUUUGCCAGAUUAUCCUAAAUCCAUCUAUGCCCUUGGCUUUCCAAGACAUGUGCAGAAAAUUGAUGCAGCUGUCUAUGACCAAAACACAAGAAAAACCUACUUCUUUGUGGGUAUUUGGUGCUGGAGGUAUGAUGAGAUGACCCAAACCAUGGACAAAGGGUACCCACAAAGGGUGAUAAAACACUUUCCAAGAAUUGGUCUCCGAGUUGAUGCUGCUUUCCAGCAUAAAGGAUUCUUCUAUUUCUUCCGUGGACCAAAGCAAUUUGAAUAUGAUCCUAAGGCAAAAAAUAUUACCCGAAUGAUGAAAACCAAUACCUGGUUUCAAUGUAAAGAACCAUUAAACUCAUCAUCUGAUUUUGGUGUCAAGGAAAAAGUACGUUCAGGAGGAGUGGAGGUGUCUUAUCAGAAGAGUUUAAGCUUGCUUAUUUUUACUAUUGUUCAACUGCUGAAAAAAACAUAGUUAUUAAUAAAUUCACAUAUCUGAAAUAAAUUUCAAGAGGUCUUUUAAUCUGAAUUCUGCCUCAAAGUAGAAUAAACCUAUUCUUUAACCUUCAGUUGCCAGUCCUAGUUCUAAAUAUCUAUCAGAUAAAGAUUCUAUAACCAUUUUGAACUGCCUCGUUCUUUUAAAAGGAAGUUAAUGUCUAAACAAAAUCUCUCACUCUACUUUAAGCCUAUUUCAUGCCUUUGUGGACUUGGAGAAAUA